CGUCCGCUCGGCCCACCGCCCGGAGGGAAUCGGAGCGGCGCCUCCCCGUAGGCUAACUGCGCAGACGACCGCACCGCCCAGGGACCUGCCUCCGGCGCGCAGACUGGCGUGAAUGGGCGGGGCCGCUCGCCCGGCCCUCCGUCUCCGGAUGCCCUCCUUAAAAGGGCUCCGCAGAGACCUGAGUCCGUACAGCGGUGUUCACCCCACGGCGGGAACGGCUGAACCCAGCCUCCGAGACCCAGGCCCUGCGCACGCCCUCGCGCGACCGUGACGCCAGGCGCGGCCGGCGCGCGAUUGGCUGGGGAGGAUGUGGCGCGCUCUGGCGCGGGCGCUAACGAUUGGGCGCACGGCCCCGAGGGGCGGGCCCCAGACCUGGGCGCGGAACCUGCGGGAGGAUCGCGUGGCGCAGGAGGGGUGCGCGGCGGCUCAGGCGUACCCGGAGCGCGGCCACCUGCGGGUCCGGCGGGCUGCCAGCAUGCCGGAGAUUGACACGGACAAGCUGGACGCGCAGCAGGUGCGACUGCUGGCGGAGAUGUGCAUCCUCAUAGAUGAAGAGGACCGUCGCGUCGGGGCGGAGACCAAACGGAACUGCCAUCUGAACAAGAACAUAGACAGAGGGUUAUUGCAUCGAGCUUUCAGCGUCUUCUUAUUCAACACGGAAAAUAAGCUCCUGCUGCAGCAGAGGUCGGAUGCUAAAAUCACCUUUCCAGGUUGUUUUACCAACACUUGCUGUAGUCAUCCGUUAAGUAAUCCACAAGAGCUCGAAGAAAAAGAGGCCAUUGGAGUAAGAAGAGCAGCACAGAGGCGUUUAAAGGCUGAAUUAGGAAUUCCCAUGGAAGAGGUUCCUCCAGAAGAAAUUAAUUACCUAACACGAAUUCACUAUAAGGCUCAGUCAGAUAGUAUCUGGGGGGAACAUGAAAUUGAUUAUAUUCUAUUUGUGAGGAAGAACGUAACUUUGAAUCCAGAUCCCAAUGAGAUUAAGAGCUACUGUUAUGUGACAAAGGAAGAGCUAAAAGAACUUCUGGAAAAGGCAGCCUGUGGUGAAAUUAAGUUAACUCCAUGGUUUCAGAUUAUUGCCGAUGCUUUCCUCUUUAAAUGGUGGGAUAACUUAAAUCAUUUGAAUCAGUUUGUUGACCAUGAGAAAAUACAUAGAAUGUGAAUGUGAAAAUGAAUGGUUAGCAAAAUACUGAAAAAUUUUUCCAUUUAGUAAACUGAACAUAAUUUUUUAAAAAUUUGGUUCCCUGUAAGAACUCGUCACUUGAAAUAUUGAUACUUUACAACCAGUAUUUGUGUGGAAAAUACAACCAGGUUGCUAAUUUUAUAUCACACACCACAUAUGUGUGCAUUGCUAUUUGUACAUUUGCGAGAGGUUAUUGUAAAAACAGAGGGCACACUAAUGUUAUCUGUCUAAUCACGUGGUCCUAACAAACUCUCACAAAUAAGUGAAGCUCUUCGUUUUCGUAUGUCGUGAUGAAUACUGUCAGCACACUUGUAGAGCACUCUGCUCUUUGCCAAUGCUCUAUAAAUCAUUACAUCGUUAUCAUCGUCUAGAAGAACGUGCAAUGGGGACUGUCUGCUUACUUGAACAUAGUCCAAAUUAACUUUCCAUGUGAGCAGACUGGUAGAAUAGAUUCAAGGGAAGUUAAAUGGUAUAUAUCCUGAUUUCUGUUUUUCUAAGUUGAUUUUAUAGUUUAAUCAUUCUGGAAGUAUUUUGAUACCAAAAGUCAAACAUUGCUUUUGGUAAUGAUAUUGGUCGGGUUAAAUCUUUUAAAUAGUCUUUGCCAGUUAGCAACGUGUGCUUUCCGAACGACAUGGACAGGCGGGCCAUUUGUAAAAUGGAAAUUGGGUCAGUUGGGUGAUACGCUGCAGCAGGAUUUCCUGACCUUGACACUGCCGACAUUUGGGUUGGAGGGUUCUUCGUUGUGACAGUUCAUCUGUGUGUUGGAGGACGUUUAACAGCAUCCCCGCGUUCCACCCACUCAGAGCCAUCCUCACCCCUCCCCCUGUGACAGUCACUGUGACUCCAGAUGCCAAAUAACUCCUAGAGGGCACCGGCGCCCCCAGUUGAAAACCAGUUCUGCCAAGUCAGGCCAUAUCGUAGGGGGGAAAAUUCACAGAAAGAUUACAGUCCAUGUUAUAGAUUUGGGUUAUGGGAUGUGUGUAUAUAUUCAUAGUUAAAUUGUACCUUGACUAAUGCACUUUCUAGAAGUCUUGCCAUAGAUUUCUCAGAUCUGAACUCUUAAGACACCUGUAUUAUCCUCGAAUGUUGUAUAAGAAAAAAAUGAGAGAUUUAACAAAGCUAAAUGUUUAAAUUCAGUAGCAAAAUCCGUUUCUUGUUAACCUCGAACAGCUGACUUAAAACUUCAGGCAAGACUGUGUGGCAAGUAUUAGUUUUACUGAAAAACAGAAACAAUAAAAAGAAUUACCACAUUUUAA